AUGAACAUAUCCCUAGCUCAGGGCCAGAAGAUUCUAUGUGAUCCCUUAUGCCGGUCUUCUUACACCGAUGCAGUGAAGGUCGUAUGGUCAGCCUUGGAGAGGCUCAGCGGACGCGAGAAGGAGAGGGAAUCCCUGUUGAGCGAAGGCCAGAGACUCGCACAACAGCCGGGAGAAGCCGUCAUGGCCUUCCUCUAUCGGGUCAACAGAUACAAGCAGAAGUGCGAGUUUGCAGGUGUUACUGCGGAUACUGCCCACUGGCUCUCCUUGGCCAGAGUAGGCAUGAGGGACGAGCUCUCGAAGAAGCUCAGUUAUUUGGUGAAUGUCGGGAAGCCGGAGGUAUCGUGGGACGAGUGGCUCGUUUCGAUGGAGCGCAUGGCUCCAGCAUCGGGGUCGCCAUCAGUUCGCUGUGUGGAGGCACACCAGGCGGUGGCCAGCUCUGAGGUUCAGGCGGUUCAGCCUUCAGGAACCAACACCAAAAAAAGUGGCUUUCGAGGUCGCUGCUUUUCUUGCAACCAAGUGGGACAUAUGAAGAGGGAGUGUCCCAAUAGGCGACAGUAUCGUGGACAGUUCGCGAAGGAAGCCAUGGCUGCGGAGGGUAUCGAGGAGGUCGAGGAUGGGAGACAGUCCAAGCCGGAAGCCGACGUGACAUCAUCGGGACAGGCGGAGGCCCAAGGGUCUGGGACUGCCAUCAAAAUCUCCAGCACUGCCUUUGCUGUCGAUUGUUACUCAGCGGUAUCAAGGGUUAACUCAUUCGCCUUAGGGGGCGAGGAUGAGAUUCCCCAGGUCACGCUUGGUUUUGGGUCGAUCCAUCAUAGCGCUCUGUUAGACACGGGGUCUUCCUGCUCGCUAAUAUCGGCGUCUUUAGUCACAGAGCUCGAGGGGCUAGACUGUGUGGUGCGCACUGGUGUUCCUGCGGUGAUAAUACGUUAUGCCAACGGCCAGGAGGAGCGAGCUAUGGGCGAGGCCAUCAUUCGCACGGUCAUGAGCGGUAGCGAAUGUUUCCUGCCAUUUCUCAUCGUUCCAAAACUAGGGAGGGAUGGAGGUAUCAUUCUUGGGCGCCGAGCACUGAGAUUACUGGGAAUGUGCAUCCAGUUCUCUCAAGACGCUCCCAAGGAGAGGGAAAAAUUGAGAAAAGCUUUCUCCUCUUUCUCCAGUCCUACAGAUGGAGGGAGGGAACUGACACCGGCAGAAGAGGGAGAGCUAUGCGCUCGCAUCGAUUGCUACUCCUCUACUGGCGAACUUUAUAUCGCUGACGACCCGGCGCUCGACCUGGCAGGUAGUCGUUCGUCCGCAGGAUCUCAAGAGGAAGUCUGCCGAGAUGCUCUGGACAUCAAGGUCGGCGAGUCGCUCGAUCGGGUCAGAGAGGAGUUGGCUGGUCGCAACCUAUCGGAGCUAUCCUCUGAAGACGUCGUUGGUAGAUUGCUAAGUGCAGUCGAGCAGGGUGGCCCUUUACCAUUAUCGGAUGGGUAUACCCUGCGGUUGGUGCCUGGGAGCGUUGACGGUCGCGAUUUCGAAGGCCAGAAGUUUCAGUUUGUGACGAGAUGGCAUCUGACAGAGCCAUCUAAGGAAACCAAGGGAUUCUGGUCCAGUGAGGGUAUGUUGCGGCGCUUAUCGGAGACCGAGCUGGAGGAGUUCGAGGCUCACUGUGAGGAGUAUUGCAAGAACGGCUGGUGGGUGCCAGAACAAGAGGCAUCAAAUCACUCGGAUGUGAAGUGCCCAUAUGGGACAAUUUUUCCGGUGAGGCAGGCGACUGACGAUGCUCAGGUAGCGGAAGCCAAGGCUGUUUGUAAGACAACGAAGACAAGGCCCGUCGCGGACUUGCGAUCCAUCAACUCUAUCAGUCCGAGGGUCAGCAAUGAGCAGAGCACAACGGCCGAAGCGGUCAGGGCGCUGAGAAGCUCGCUGAAGGAGGGAGACUCCGUUCGCCAGUACGAUCUCAGCCGCGCUUUUUACUGCAUAGGCAUAGAGCCUACUCUUUCCCACGGUGAGACUGUCCCUCUACGUUUGGCAGUCGGUCGGAAGCGUUUCGAAUGCAGGAGGCUUGCCUUUGGCCUAGCCUGCGGGCCCAUUGUUCUCCGAGGGAGCCAGCGUAUUCUGGUCAAGAUAGUCCACGCGGCGCGCUCUAUCUUGGGACACUCCGGUGAGGUCUCCAUCGAGCCAGUGAUGGACGAUUUCCUCAUUUGGGGAGACCCACAAUCCGUCGAGUCUGUCGAAGGACUUCUCUUGCUGGCCUGGAAAAUCUCAGGAUUCCAGUGCCCAGAUAGCAAAAGAACGUCUUGGGGAACCACGCCUUCUCGGUGGCUUGGCAGUCAUUGGGUCUGGAAUGGGCAGUUCCUACAACUUCAACGUCCGGAUGCAGCUGUUGUUGAUGGCGAAAGUGCCGACCACCUCACCAAGCGACGUGUCUUCCAGAUGGCCGGCAAGUACACGGAGAUCUCUGGCGGCGUGAACGAGAGUCUUGCUCGUGCCCAUGCAGACUGCGCCCGCGUUCUGGCCAGUGCGGCUUCUACUUGGGAUGACCUAGUGUCUGGGAAUGAGUGGUCUAAGCCCUGCCUGGUGCAUCUUGGGCUAGCCCGCCAAUACUGGGAGGCUGCCGCGGUGGAGGAUAAGGAGCUGAUGCUCUUCAGAGGCAUAAAGUGCGUCACGGCUGAAGUUGACGCCUCUGCUGCUGGAUAUGGCUUCUUCUGGAAAGAUUCCGAGUCGGGGCGAGUCAUCUACUCGGAGGCUAAGGUUCAGAGCAAGUCUAUGGCCAUAGGAUCUUGGCACUGCAACCGUAGGGAGCUGUUUGCCAUUGCGGCGUGUCUACGAAAGCUCGACGAGGCAUCCGUGUUGUUCAAGGACCUUUGUCGCAUUGAGGUGCUCACUGAUAGUCGUGUUGCCGUCAGCCAAGCUGAUCCUUGGCAUGUUCCUGCGUGUAAAAGCAUAGAGAAGCGUGCAAUCAUGCGCCUUCGUGGAGUUAUCGUGGAGGUGGCUCACGCCUUCGCAUGCUCCAAGCCUGCGGUAACGGUCGUCUUUGCUCAUCUGCCCGGUAAGCAUAAUACUAUUGCUGACGCUCUCUCUCGAGUUGCGCUCAGUCUGAAGUAUUUUAAGGUUAUGGAUGAGGACUCUGCUGUGUCGGUGGUGACAGCUUCCUGUUCGGCCGCGGAUGUGCACUCUUGGCUCUCUACCAAGCAAGCAGGAGUGCACUCGGUUCUGGCUUUUCGUCGCUGGGUAGAAUUGCGCUCUCUAUUCCGAGCAUGGCGGGGUGACUCUCCUCCUACGGUUGUCCAACCUUCCUUAUUCAGGGAGUUCCUGACCAUUCAACAGGAUAAGGAUGGAUUUUGUUCGAAGAUUGUCACCCAUUUAGAUGAUCAGGGGCGUUCUCUGGUGCCGGGCUUACCCUACGCCUUCGAGCUCCGGGACGGGCUGCUCUAUCGAGUUCGUCCGAAUGUUCCUAUUGAUGAGGGACCACGUAAGCAGUUGGUUAUACCACACCACCUGAUCAUGGACUUUGCACAAGCUGUACACCGAGAGUCUGGUCACUCUGGCUUGACGUCUACCUUAGCUGCAUUAUAUAGUGUAGCUUGGGCUCCAGGGUUGCGGAAGCUCGUCCGUAAGGCUCUGCGCGGUUGCCUCAGCUGUGCCCUGACUCGCGAUAAUGGUACCCGAGCACAGAUUUCCUAUGGUGCAAGCAGGAUACCCUUGGCCCCGUUCGACUGUGUGGGCAUCGACCUGUACGGGCCCAUUCGUCGGCCCUGUGGUGCGGGCACCGAUACUCGAUUCCCGCAAGGGGGCGAUGAGGAUGAGACUAGCCAGAAGGACGGCCAACAGGUGUUGAGUGUUAUCGAUAGAUUAACCGGCUAUUGUUCCUUCUAUCUCCUCGACAACGGCCGAGCCAAGGGCAUUGCUGAUACUUUAGAGGCUCACUUUUGGCGUUUCGGGAAGUGGCCUCGAGAGCUCUGGUGUGACAAUGCUAAGAGUUUUGUCGAAGCCACUCCGCUAGUCAGUUUCCUGCUGAUGAUUGGAUGUCAGCUGAAGACCAUCCCCGCCUAUACGCCACAGUGUGGAUUUUGGGAGAGAAGGCAUAGAGAGGUCUCAGAGACUCUACGCUCCUGUCUUCAUGUUCAUCCACAGGCCAGCUGGCGUUGGCUUAUCACGAUUGCUGAGGCGAGAGCCAAUUCCGUUAGUGGUGCUCAUGAGAGGCUUUUUGGCUGGAAACCUCAGAGUCCAGUGGUGGGAGCUCUGUCUGCCGAGAUAGCUGGCCCCCUAAAGGUGCCCCGAAAUUUUCGUGGUGGUGAACAGGCGGCCAAAGCCGAAGCUAGAGCUCGCGCCAGGCAGCGUGACGACAUUCUGCAGGUCUUCGCAGAGGAGUGGUUGCAGGCCCGCGAGAGUCUUGCUUCCGAGUUCACAGCCAAGAUUCACAAGCGAGGAGGUUCUGCCGAAGUCAAGGUUGGCGACCAGGUUAUUCUCUUCAAACCUGGAAAUAUUAAGGGAUUGAAGUUGUCCCCUAGGGCUACAGGCCCUUACGAGGUCAUGAAGAAGGUGAGUAGUCAAUGUUAUGAGAUUCGUCUGGGUACUAGAGGCUCUAGCUCUAAGCCUCCGAGGUCUUGGAUGGUCCAUGCAUCCAGGAUUCGUAAGUUCGAGCCCGUCGGCGAGGGCCCAGCUGAUUCUGCGGUCGAUCCCUAUGCUUCUGAGUCGUCGGAUAAUAUCUGCCCUAGCUGCAGGGAAGCCCAUGUCGGUACACUCGUCUGUUGUGACGGUUGCGAUCGUUGGUUCCACGUGGACUGUACGGAUUACGAUGGUCAACAACAAUUUUGGUACUGUAACUUCUGUGGCGCGGCACGAGAGUGA